UGUCCCCGAAAUCUGUCUCCAUGCGGGCUGCGAUUCUCGUCCCUCCGCUAUAAAGGGGCGCCGUAGCUCAUCUUACUCUCUCAGCCUUGUCAUUUGCAGGCGGAGGACGGAAAGCAGGGGACGGAGCUUUGUGUCGGAGAAUUCAGCAAUGGCGAUUGAGGCGUGGUUCAUGGAGGAGAGCAGUGAGGAUCAGAGGCUCCCUCACCACCGCAACCCCAAGGAGUUCGUCUCUUUGGACCAUUUGGCAGAACUGGGAGUGCUGUACUGGCACUUAAACCCGAAUGACUACGACAACGAUGAAGAGCUACGGAAGAUUCGGGAAUCUCGGGGGUACAGUUACAUGGAUUUGCUAGAUUUAUGCCCAGAGAAAGUGGAGAAUUAUGAGCAGAAGCUCAGGAACUUCUACACAGAGCACAUACAUGGGGAUGAAGAGAUACGUUACUGCCUAGAAGGAAGUGGGUACUUUGAUGUCCGAGACAAGGAUGACCGUUGGAUUCGGAUAUGGAUCAAGGCAGGUGAUCUUAUUGUCCUGCCUGCUGGUAUUUACCACCGGUUCACUCUUGACAUGAAUAACUACAUCAAGCUGAUGAGGUUGUUCGUCGGGGAACCGAUAUGGACUCCCUUCAAUCGGCCACAGGAAGACCAUCCUGCAAGGAAGGAGUACAUUAAGAGCUUGACUGAGAAGUCAGGAGUCCCCCUGAAGGCUCAUUGAUUUCCUGAAAAUACAAUUAUACAUGUAAAACUAAUGUACUCCGUCUGUGCCUAUACAAACCAUAUAGCUAGCUACAUAUUUUGGUAUUAUAUCGUCAAUAAGCUGUCCAUCAUUUGCGGUGGACAUACUCAUUGAUCUAAUAUGAUGAGAACUACAUCAAAAUUUGUUCUCAGGGUGGCAGCGCUAUUGAGGUUAUAUGAUUACAGAAUCUGAUAUCCCAUUUUUCUGAG